CCCAAAUUUAUUUCUUCUUCGUCUUCUCCAAAAUGAAGCUUUCUUUCUCUGCCUUAUGGAAACAAAAUCCAAUACAUUUUCAGAGAACCAUAAUCAACCGUUUCUAUGGAACAACAUCUACUAAACAAGAUAAAAAUCAGAAGCGUGACUGGGUUUUCGCAAGAAUUGCACCUUUAGGUAGCCCAGACGUGCCUAUGGUUCCCGUACUGGAACAAUGGGUUGAAGAAGGAAAAACAGUGGUGAAAUCCGAGCUUCAGUGGAUUAUCAAAAGAUUAAACAGCUACAAAAGAUACAAACAUGCCCUUGAGGUGUCUCAUUGGAUGACAGACAGAAGAUAUUUCCCCCUCCAACCUGCUGAUGUUGCAGCACGAAUCAACCUAAUGAAUAAAGUUAAAGGUCUAGAAGAGGUUGAAAAAUACUUCAAUAGCAUUCCACAGAUUCUGAGACGCCCUGAGGUGUAUACUGCUCUUCUCAAUUGCUAUACCAAUGAGCAGUCUGUAGAGAAAGCUGAGGCCAUAAUGCAACAACUAAGAGAUAUGGGGUUUGCUAAGGGUACAUUGUGCUACAACCAUAUGAUGAACCUCUAUUAUAAAACAGGAACAUGGGAGAAAAUGGAUAAUAUGAUGAAUGAAAUGGAGCAGAAGGGCGUAAAUUUUGAUGAGUUCACUCUCACAAUACGAUUAACUGCAUAUGCUGCUGCUGGAGAUUCUGAGGGAAUGGAUAAAAUAUUAGCGAUAAUGGAAUCUGAUAAGCAAAUCAUUUUGCACUGGGAUACUUACAGUAUUGCAGCAGAGUUGUAUUUGAAAGUUGGGCAGGUGGAAAAAGCUCUAGAGUUGCUGAGUAAACUUGAAAGCAUGAUUUUGACUCGUGAGAAAAGGAAUGGUGCAUAUAAUUGUUUGUUAAAACUGUAUGCGGAAGCUGGAAAGAAAGAAGAGGUGCACCGAGUGUGGGAUUUGUAUAAGCAGAACAUGAGAAUUCUUAAUAAAGGUUACAUUACUGUGAUGAGCGCAUUAAUGAAAUUUGGUGAUACAGAAGGAGUUGAGAAGAUCUUUGAGGAAUGGGAAUCUGAAGCUUUGUCCUAUGAUUUCCGUGUUCCAGAUGUUUUGAUUCGCAGUUAUUGUAGAAAUGGUCUUCUGGAGAAGGCUAAGGCCCUAAUGGACAAAGGAAUAUCAAAAGGGGGUGUUCCAUGGGUCACCACAUGGUGUCACUUGGCAAAUGGAUACAUACGUGAAGAUCUAGUCCCAGAGGCUGUAGAAGCAUUGAAGAAGGCCAUCUCAAUAUGCCCGCCUAAUUAUAAACCUAGCAAGGAGACCUUCGCUACAUGUGUAAAAUACUGGGAAAAGCAGGGAAAUGUGGUUAACGCAGCGGAUUUUGUGAGGUCUUUAGAACAGGACCAUAUCUUCUCACCAGUUUUUCGUGACAAGUUGUUGUGCUUUAUUAAGGAAGAAAAACUUCAAACCUAAGCGACACAGCUUGUAUUGAAUCAACUGAUUUGAGCGACUCUCACAAGG